AUGAGGGAGUUCGGUGGAUUGAAAAUCGAAUUGAUUUUCAAUCCACCGUCGGCUCCCCAUUUCGGCGGCCUGUGGGAGGCGGCUGUCAAGGCCGUCAAACACCACCUGCGGCGCACCAUCGGAGAGGCUAAGCUCACCUUCGAGGAGCUGUCCACGCUCCUCGUGGAGGUCGAAGCCUGUCUGAACUCAAGGCCACUCGGGGCCUUGUCGGAUGAUCCAGACGACCUUGACGCCCUGACGCCCGAGCACUUCCUGGUGGGAGGGCCUCUCCUCAGCAUCCCGGAGCCGUCCCUCUUGGAUGCCCAGACCAGCCGUCUGAGCCGGUGGCGUCUUCUGCAGCAGAUGCGGGACCAUCUCUGGCAGCGAUGGACCCGCGAAUACCUUCAGGGGCUCACACCACGAUCCAAGUGGUGGACCUCCCAGGGAAACCUCUGCGAAGGCUAG